AUGGCCAUGAAGAUUGAACUUGUUGCAACCUUGGGUGCAGAAAAAUGCCAUUUUGAAUGUUCGUGGGAUGGUCAAAGACACUCUGUUUCUGAAAGCAGCUAUGUGGAUUCAGUCGACAUUACAGUGAGAUGUACCAAACUGCCUGGCGGACUUUGGUCUGAAGCUAGCAGCAAGGGACAGAGGCCACAAAUCUCUGUCGUGAUACCCUCGUCCGGGGACCUGGAAAAAAUUACAAUAGAAAUGUUUAGAGAUUCCGGAAAUGCUGCCUUGAACUUUCUAUCUUCUUCGUUGAAAAGUUGCGUUUCAGCUCCCAAGGACCAUCACCAGGCGCUGAGGUUACUCAUCCCGCGGCGAGAAGGCUUCAUACUCCGCUCGGAUAUUUUUAAUUUACGACUGCUCGACUGCCCGUUUGUUACCUCCAUCGCAUCUUUUUGUGAGCCUAAUCGCCGGUUCACGCAUCAUUCAAGGGAUUCACUUCUUUCAAGCUCUUGCCAGUUGACAGGCUUAUUUGCAGCUUCAUGCGCGGGUAUCCUUCUGGAGCCAUGUUGCAAUGUUGAAUCGACUUUCAAGACUCUGGAUCAAGAGCUGGAAAAUCGCCUCUCGUUCUCCUGGCUUAUGAAGGCAGAGAGGUCGGCUCGGACAAUAGCCAUCGUGGAGGGCGGCAAGAGUCCGGAAACGGGACGAAACUUAUACAUGGCUGCAAAAGCAUUGAAUAUAUCAGUAGUCGUCCUUGAUAAGCCGGGACACUGGCUCGAAGGUCCUGAAUACGCAGAUUGGCGAGCAGCUUUCCUCCCCGUUGAUAGAAAUCCCAACGCCGGGUUCCCGGAUAGGAUUGUCGAAGCAUUGGACAGAUAUAGUAGAGAAAAGGCAGCCCUGAAAAUUGACGGACUGGUGACGUUUUUCGAUCCAUUGUUCGUUGGAGUCGCGGCGGCUGCGAAGAAGCUUGGAUUGACCACAACGAGUCCGGAAGCAUAUGCAAUUGCGACUGAUAAAUUCAAGACAAGCAUCGCGGAAGGACGCCCCGCCUACCGUGCUUCAAGCCCUGAUGAAGUGGCUAAAAUAAUUCAAGAUACGACCCUGAAUUAUCCACUCAUAGUCAAGCCGUGCAGCGGCUGGGGUUCCGAAGGCGUCUUCCGUGUCGAUAACUUGGCUGAGCUCAAGGAAGCAGUCCACAAAAUUGACUAUGAUAGACAUGGCAACGACGUUGUUAUUGAAGAAUACUGCAACGGCCCUGAGGUUGAUGCCAACUUCAUCUUGGUAGACGGUAAAGUUGUCUUUUUCGAAGCAAGCGAUGAUUUCCCAAAAGACGCAGAUGGCGAGGGGGAUACGGCCUUGAAGACUUUUAUCGAAACUGCCAAUAUCCUGCCUUCUGCGCUCCCUGACAGUGAGACAGAAGUUCUGAAGAGCUCAUUGCACCAAAGCCUUGUAAGGCUCGGGUUCAACGACGGAUUUUUCCACCUCGAAGCCCGGAUGAAGGAGUCUAGGAUGGAGUUCCGCAAAGAUGAGAGCAGCGGGCUCGUCGACCUGAGGCCAAAGAAGACGUCAGUAAAGCUUGCUGCAACGCCAGAAGCAUGGCUUAUCGAGAUCAACCCUCGGCCGCCAGGUGUGCAGGCGCUGCUAGCGUCUGCGCAUGUCUACGGGGUAGACUACAUCGGGGUAUCUCUUUGCUUUGCACUUCAGGACAAGGCGGCAGCGGCAAACCUCGCGGUCCCAUUCGGACAUGGGAAAGUAGGCAAUGGGGCACAGUACUGGAGUGCGAUUGUGUUCAUCCCGGUGGUAAAGGGAGGCAUAUUUGGGUCUGACGAUGUGUGUGCUGACCUCCGAAAACGACGCCCGGACUUGACAAGACACGUCUCAAGGAGCCACUGUUUCUUCCAGAGGGGAGACACGGUUAAGGAUCCCAGCUCAGGGCUGCUUAACUGGAUUGCAUACUAUUUGGUCUUUUCGUAUGAGAGUCGCGCGCAUGUCCUGGGGCUUGCGGAAGACAUCCGGACAGAGACCAAAUUCGAAGUCGCCCAGCCAUGA